AUGCAGCGGCCCCCAGAUCUAGUACCCAGCAGUCAACCGCGACCCGGUCGCUAUGGCCCUCCCCCCACUGCCAUCGAUCCAUCAAGUCAAACACCCCAGAUUCAAGUCGCUAGAAAUUAUUCACCCGCCACUUUCCCCUCCACAAGUAAAGUAUACGCAACACCGCACGACGAAUGUCUCUUUAUCCAACGACUCUCCACUGACGUCCGCACACAAAUCUACUCCUAUCUCCUCCUCAACCCAAUUCUCUCCACCCUAGCCGCCGUCAGCCCCAACACCGAUUUUGGUGUACAACAAAAAUACGAACUGCAUCCCGCAAUUCUAGGAACGUGCAAGGAACUGUACGAAGAAGCGUCUGGGGUUCUCUAUGGCUUGAAUACGUUUUACAUGGUCGCUAUGAAGAGUAGUCGUAUGUUUCGAUUUACUCUCGCGGAUUUCAUGGGCGGUAGUGCGCUGACGCGGUAUUGGAGAGAGAAUCCCGAUGUUUUUAAAUUGGCUCCGGAAUCCGCAUUAUAUCUGUGUAAGGUGCGACAGUGGAGAGUCGAGAUUAGUUGUUAUGGAUUACCUGCGCAAGCAGAUAUCGAACUUCCGGUUAUUUCCAUCCGAAAUCCCAUUGAAUACGGAGUUACGCGCCAUCUCCCCAUCGAUCCGCGCAGUGGUAUUCCAGCUCCCUCUGGCCGUCGUAGGUAUCGCAAUCAUUACUUACUUCGACUGGCCAGUCAGGAAGCUCGCGAUCAUAUUCGAGAUGACAUGGUGUCGUAUUUGCGCCCGUCGUUGGAAUAUAGUAUCGUGCCUUUUUGUCACCUGAUGAGUCUUUGCGCAGAGCCUCCGCAUGCUCUGGAGAUUAUCAUCAGACCCAAGGCUGCGGGAGAGGUACCUCUUAGAUCCGAAUACCUGGGUGUGGUACCCACGGAAAUCGAGCAAUUGAGAUUGAUCAGACCAUUGGAAAUGUUGCGCGGCGUGCAAGACUUGAAAUUCACGCACAGUGAAAGUGCCGACCAAGACGACGUGCCGACCGAAGUUUCAAAUCAACAGCUUGCCUGGGAGUCGGCUCUCAAUCUACUUGCUACCACCAAGAAAGAAGCUUGGCAAGUCGAAUGUCCCUCUAAAUUGUACACCAAUCUUCUUUCAUACGCACAAACAUUUGAGCGAUACGAGCCCUUCAAGCAACGAAUGGCUGCUAAUUGGUUAUAUCAAAACUCCUACAUGAGUACUCCCAAUCCAUACAAAGCAAAAAGUCCCAACCCGAUCCAAUUCUCCAACCCAUUCGGACCUCACAACGAUAACUACAAAUCUCACCCCGUCAAUCAACAUCUUUCUUCUGCGGCAGCCGCAGUGCGAAGACAUGAUGUCAAAGCCUUGAAAGAAGCUAGAAAGAACUUACUCGAGUAUUUGGAACCGCAAUAUAAGCGUAUUAUUCGCAAGUCCAAGAAAUUCCGAGAAUUUGUUGAUUUGCAAUGUAAGAGAUAUGGGAUUUGGGAUAGCGUUGCGAAACUUGAGCAUGAAAUGGAUAGAUACGCGGAAGCUAUGGAAAGUAUCACUAAUCCCAUGGAUAGACAGACGCUCAUUGGUGAUCAGAACAUGCGUCUCGGGCGGAGGAUUAGAAGUAUUGAUUUUGCAGAGGCAUUGGUGGUCCUUGAGGAAUAUGCCGAAUCGUUCGUUCGAGAUAUACCACACGAAACUCGCAAACAAAUUGCUCGGAUUCGGUUUGAAUAUCAAGGACACUAUGAUAUUAUGGAGCGAGAAGUGGCCAUUCGAAAGCUUCAGAAGAUGGUGGUAGAUAUCUCAGGGGAUUUGGAUUAUGCAAUUUUGAGGUUCAAAGAAAUAUAUAAGAUCGCUGCGAAUGAUAUGCAAAAGCAGUAUCUGGAGAUUAGGAAAGCUCGAAACGGAUUAUUUAGAGAUGAUGUGAUGGGGGAGGUGUGGGAAUGUCCUAUUGAUUUGCGGAUGGAGACGGGGAUGGAGGAUCAGGAGAUCGAUUGGACUGCGCCUCGGGAUGAUGAAAGGGGUCUUGGUGGACUUAUUUCUGGUACUAAAUCUAAGAGGAAUUAUUCUGGUGGUAUAUAG